GAUCAUAAUCUUUCACUCAAAGCGGUUUAGUAAGGAUUCCACAUGACAGACGAUCAACAGGUUGCUGAUCAUGCAUUAGAUAUUGCUCCGGAGACGAUGGAUUCUCAUCUUUACUAUUUGCGCUACUACGCAGGCCACACGGGUAGGUACGGCAACGAGUUCCUAGAGUUUGAACUGAAGGAUGAUGGGACACUAAAAUACGCGAACAAUAGUCAGUAUCGAAAUGAAAAUAUCAUUAAAAAACAAGCUCGUGUAUCUCAAGCUGUCCUUGAGGAGGUGAAGUCAAUUAUUGUGAAGUCGGCAGUUUGCGAGAGUGAUGACGAGCAGUGGCCGCAGCCGGACCGCAACGGUCGGCAAGAGCUUGAAAUACAUCUUGGGAAUACGCAUAUUUCACUGGUAACUAACAAGAUGACCACUAUGCCCAACGAAGGCCCUGACAAACCUAAAGGUCUUUUCAAUUUUUACUGUUUCACACGAGAUGUGAAGGCACUUGUACUCUCACUUGUAUCUAUCCAUUUUAAGAUUAAAGCAGUCUAAUUGUCGAUGAGUUGCCAUGGGAACAUUAAGUCGUAUGGCGGUGGCGAGGGGAUGAGAGAAAAAUCUAGUCUCACAGAGGAACCUAUAUAUAUUAGAGUAAGAAUAAUAUGAAG